GUCAAAUACGUUGCGCACAGCGACACCCGGCGGCGGCCACGGGGAACAGCAGCUGUCAUUAAAAGCGAACGUCCAACGUUUGUUCUUCACGACGUUCCGUAGAACGCCGCUGUCAUGUCUGCCGCCUUCAUGUCUCUCCGCAGGUGUUGCCAGCGGUCGGCGCUCCUCGCCGUUGCUAAGCGACCGUGGAGCUCCAGCCCCGCGCCCUCCCCUCCUCUGCACACGAGGUUCCUCCUCUUCCUCGCGCAGCGCUUCUAUGACGUGGAGAUGCUGCUCAGCUGGGGCCACCGGCAGAAGAGGAUGGCGAUCCACAGGAGGAACGCUUACUAUGGCUACACCAAGAAUUUAUAUGGCGCGGACAUAGCGGCAGCAUUUUAUGUCUUGAGUCUGAAGGGAGGAUUUAGAUAUGUCGGCCAGUCCGAGUGGUUCCGUGCAGACCGGAGGGGGAAAUUCAACUGGGACUUCUUGAAUCACAAAGACACACUCCUGGAGGAAGUGAACAUGAGCCACACAGUCAUCAACUCCGGCGGACUGGGCAACCUGGAGGGGCAGACAUCGUUGCGGACUCUGUCACUACGAGGUUGCCCUGAAGUGGACGACUGGUUUCUGGCGGGGCUCCAUGUCUUCCAGGACUCUCUGAAGGAACUGGACAUCUCUCACUGUCCUCGCAUAACGGUCGGCGGCCUGGCCGCACUCAGGAAUCUCAAGGGGCUGCGUCGCCUGGACGUGUCGUCCCUCCCCAAGGUCUCGAGUCCCGGGCUGGUCGUUCUCCUGCUGGAGGAGAUGUUGCCACAGUGCCAAAUCGUCGCUACCGGCUACGACCACAGCCUGGGGCAGUUUGGAGGAGGGGAGGUGGAAGGGCAGCGGGAGGUACGGGAAGCAACAGACUGCGUUAGGAAAGAGGGAGUCCUCUGAGGGAGCUCCGCCGUCACUUCGUCUUCUUCCGACAGAACGAGAGCCGACGGAGCGAAGAGAAAACCCCUCGCACCGUUCUUCAGUUGACUGCGGCGUCGGAGAACUGCAGAGGGAAGAUGGGAAGUUAUAAUAAAGAUACAUGUAUCUUUUGGUGAUCUUCCACGUCUUUGGGUUCUCUUUAGAGCCAAUUCACUCAUAUUUCCUUUAACUCCGCCUCCCAAAAACGGCGUCCGAUGACAGAUCUGGAUAUUUCACCAUUUAAACACCAUGUAAAAUUUGCUUUAAAGCAUGAACCAAUUAUAGACUUGUAUUUGAUUUGGACACUGUCAAAGGAAAACUGCAUGUAAGUGUUGAAAAAUAAUCUACUACCAGGAGGUUGUUGGAUCCUUUGGCUUUGUAAUGUAAAAUAUAACACAUGUCACCACAUCUGCUCGUGUUCCUUCCCAAAAUAAAAU